AUGACACGUGAACAAUAUAUACUAGCAACACAACAGAAUCAUCUGCCACGGACUGAGAAUGCACAAUUGUACCCAGUGGGGAUUUAUGGAUGGCGAAAGAGGUGCUUAUACUUCUUUGUCCUUCUGCUGUUGGUUACCAUGAUAGUUAACUUAGCCGUGACAAUAUGGAUAUUGAAAGUAAUGAAUUUCACUGUGGAUGGUAUGGGAAAUCUGAGAGUCACCAAGAAGGGAAUUCGACUUGAAGGUCUGUCUGAAUUUCUCCUUCCAUUGUAUGUGAAAGAAAUUCAUUCCCGAAAGGAUAGUCCACUGGUCUUACAGUCUGACAGGAAUGUAACAGUGAAUGCAAGAAAUCACAUGGGGCAGUUAACUGGACAGCUGACAGUAGGAGCUGACGCUGUGGAAGCUCAGUGUAAGCGAUUUGAAGUGCGAGGGAGUGAAGGUGGCAGGGUGCUGUUUUCUGCAGAUGAAGAUGAGAUCACCAUUGGGGCUGAGAAGCUGAAGGUUACAGGCACAGAGGGAGCAGUGUUCAGACACUCUGUGGAGACACCCCACAUCAGGGCAGAACCUUCCCAAGACCUCAGGCUUGAAUCACCAACUAGGUCCUUGAUAAUGGAGGCACCUCGAGGGGUUCAGGUGAGCGCAGCAGCAGGGGACUUCAAGGCCACCUGCAGGAAGGAACUCCAUUUGCAGUCAACAGAGGGAGAGAUAUUUUUGAACGCAGAUACAAUCCGGCUGGGAAAUCUGCCUACCGGCUCCUUCUCCUCCUCUCCAGCCAGCUCUUCACAGUCCCGGCAGACAGUGUAUGAACUCUGUGUUUGCCCCAGUGGCAAACUUUACCUUUCUCCCGCGGGAGUGGGCUCCACUUGUCAGGCCAGCAGCAGCAUCUGCUUGUGGAGCUGAGAUGACUGCUUCCUCCUCACACCAGAAUAGCCUUUUGUUCCUGUCCGUCUGCUUCACAGUUCCGCGCGGUUUCCCUUGUGAGCAGUCCAGAGCUUCUUCAAUGGUCCACAGUGCAACUGCUUCCAGUGUCAGCAGGAUUCACCGCCACCGUCUCUGGUGACUUACAGCGCUGCUCCGCACAGAGAGCGAGUGAUACCGGACAACGCCGUGGAAACGUCAUCUUCAGCACGAGAACUGGAUCAUAACUUUUCAUCAAAAGGGAGAAUACAGGUGCCUUUGCUACAUGCAGUGAAGCACAUAGUUCUAGAUGUUUGCAGGACCUGGACGUGAAACGCACAUAUUCACACAACGGAGCUGACAGGCCUAGUACCCCGUGGCAAGAUGAAUUGGUAAACCCUGUCUGAAAACUGACUCUACAAUUUGAAAGCACAAUUUUCCAUUCAUCUUUUUGGAUGUAAACUUUUAUCCCCGAAUUUUAAAAUUUUGAAGCAUUAUGUAAUGCUUGCUUUACUAAAAAUUAAAUUCAAUACAUGAUUUUUAACAAAACAAAACAAAACAAGACAGAAUCCUUCCCUGAGUGUUAUUUAUGUCUUCAAAUUCAAUGUGUGGUUACUCUUUGUCUACUAAGUCUAGAUUUUUGUACAUUAGGUAAUUUUGAAAGCAC